UGAUCCUUUAUUUGUAGUUUAUUCAGGACAAGCACAUAAUUUUGUUAGAGAUGCCGUUGACUACUCGACAAAAAACAUGACAGAGAUGGGUUUGUCUAUUUCAGGACAAAUACAGCAAAUGGCACUGUUUUUAAUUUAAUGUGAGUUCUUUGAAUACAGGCAUAUUUGUGAGGUGGCAAUCACCCAUAAGGGGCCCACUCUCCAUCCAACACAUUAGGAGCUUCUCAAAGUCAAGGAAGGAUCCUUUAACGACUGAAUUUCAAUGAGGCCAUGUCACUGAAUCCCGCUGAUAUAGUCCUCCAAUGUCAAGGAUCCUUGGAAUUCUAAUUAUGUGUCGUGUGUAUUCUUGGCGGGCAUGAGGUACCCAUAAUUCUUUCAUUUAAUUUGAUAUAUUUUAUUAAUCCCCAAAGGGGAAAUUCAGUUUUUUUCACUCUGUUGAUGUAUAGGCCCGAAGUGCACAGAUGCACAAACAGGACUUACAUGAGAUGUCAGAGUGAGGGGACUGUGCAUGGACAGGCCCCGAGUGGCUGGGGAGCUUGGUAUGUUCCUCGAGGGCACUUCGGCUGUGCCCAAGAGGUGAACUGGCACCUCUCCAGCUACCAGGACAUGCAUAUUUGGUCCAGAUGGGGACUUGAACUGGAAACCUUCUAGCUACCAACCCAAGUCCUCAUGGAUUGAGCUACUGCUACUGGGCAUGAUUUGCCAGAACUGAUCAGUUCUGCCUUCGAAGGCUGCUUUAAUGACACACACCAAGGUACUGGCUAGCCUGGGCCAAUGUGAGUUCACGGAAUGCUAGGAAGGAGUCUUGCCUAGCCUCUAUAGGACCUCACUAGGAAGGACCCUUCCCACCAAGGAGGCAUCCUUGACUUUGAGAAGCACCAAUUGUUUGGAGGACCCACGCUCUCUAUGCCCCACUGCCUGCACUCCAAAUAGAAUAAAGACUCAUGUUAAAGACAAGUUAUUUAAAUUUGUAUGGUACUUGAAGAAAUGUACAAAGUAGGUGAACGAGGGUAGAGGGUGUUUUUGUCACUUUAUCACCUUGCCGCCGUGCUUUUAUUUUGACAGCGGCUCUGUUAUGUACUUCCGCCAGUUUCGUGCAGCAGCGGUGUUCUUCGUGAGAGCGGCCGAACCCCCUCGGCUCGUACCUCCGUGUGGUUUUCUCCUCCGUCACUGUCGUACGGGGCCCCGGCCCGGUGUCAGACCAGACACAGCUGCUGAGAAACGUUUGAGAAAUGUGUCACCCGUGUGCGGCGGAGGCGAGAGACACCAUCUUAAAUAAAACAGGAGGCCAGUCGAAGCGAGUAUGUUUGCAAGGGGGAAUGGCGUGUCCCUCCUCCCCCAUCAAAUCGCCUACUGGCUUUAGUUCCACAAAGGAGAAGUCUUUGGUGGAAAGUCUGGAGGAGUGGUUUGGAAAGACAUGCAGUGUGAUGCACAGAUAAACCAUCAUGAUUCCCAUCACAGAGCUCCGGUACUUUGCUGACACCCAGCCAGCGUACCGUAUCCUGAAGCCAUGGUGGGAUGUUUUCACCGACUAUAUCUCAAUCGUCAUGCUGAUGAUUGCGGUGUUCGGUGGUACGCUGCAGGUCACGCAGGACAAGAUGAUCUGCCUGCCUUGCAAGUGGGUGGUCAACAAGUCCUGCGAGACCAUGCCCGCCCCAAAUGUAAGCACCGCCUAUGCACCGGAACCCAAAGGCAUUCAGUAUGACCUUGACCGUCAUCAGUAUAACUACGUCGAUGCUGUCUGCUACGAGAACAAACUACAUUGGUUUGCCAAAUAUUUCCCAUAUCUGGUGCUACUCCACACCCUUAUCUUCCUGGCCUGCAGCAACUUCUGGUUCAAGUUCCCCCGCACAAGCUCUAAACUGGAGCACUUUGUCUCCAUCCUCCUCAAGUGCUUUGACUCCCCAUGGACAACAAGGGCUUUGUCUGAGACCGUGGUGGAGGAGAGCGACCCCAAGCCUCUGGGGAAGAUGAACGGUUCGAUGGAUAAGAAGGCCUCAUGUGUGAGCGAGGAUGUUGAGGCUAGUGUACCCAUGCUGCAACGAACAAAGUCCAGAAUUGAACAAGGAAUUGUAGAUCGCUCUGAAACUGGGGUUUUGGAUAAAAAGGAAGGGGAGCAGGCCAAAGCUCUUUUUGAGAAGGUGAAGAAGUUCAGGAUCCACGUAGAGGAGGGUGACAUAGUAUACCGUCUUUAUAUACGUCAGACCAUCAUCAAAGUAAUCAAGUUUGUACUGAUAAUUAGCUACACAGCCUACUAUGUGCGCUACAUCAGGUUCAGUGUAGUGUGCACAGUGAACAUACAGAAAUUAACAGGGUACAGCACAUUCUAUUGUGCUCACCCGUUAGCCACUCUUUUCAAGAUUUUGGCCUGUUUCUACAUCAGCUUGGUGGUGGUUUAUGGUCUUAUCUGCAUGUACACUCUUUGUUGGAUGCUCAGCCGCUCCCUCAAACGAUACUCCUUUGAAUCAAUCCGCGAGGAAAGCAGCUAUAGCGACAUCCCUGACUUGAAGAACGAUUUUGCCUUCAUGCUGCACAUGAUAGAUCAGUAUGAUCCUCUCUAUUCCAAACGCUUUGCUGUGUUUCUGUCAGAGGUGAGCGAGAACAAGCUGAGGCAGCUGAACCUGAACAAUGAGUGGACGAUGGAGAAGCUGAAGCAGCGCAUCACCAAGACCUCCCAGGAUAAGCAGGAGCUGCAUCUGUUUAUGCUUAGUGGAAUCCCAGACACAGUAUUUGAUCUAGUUGAGCUGGAAGUGCUCAAGCUGGAGCUCAUCCCGGACGUAACUAUCCCACCAAUCAUCGCCCAGCUCUCCAACAUGAGAGAGAUGUGGCUCUAUCAUACACCAGCUAAAAUUGAGGCUCCAGCUCUUGCUUUCCUGAGAGAGAACCUGAAGUCUCUUCACAUCAAGUUCACAGACAUCAAGGAGAUCCCACUGUGGAUCUACAGCCUGAAGAACCUCAGUGAGCUUCACUUAACUGGGAACCUGAGCGCUGAGAACAAUCGUUACAUCGUCAUUGAUGGGCUUCGGGAGCUCAAAAGUCUCAAAGUGCUUCGUCUGAAAAGCAACCUGACCAAGCUGCCACAGGUCGUGACGGAUGUGGGCGUGCACCUCCAGAAGCUCUCCAUCAACAACGAGGGCACCAAGCUGAUGGUGCUCAACAGCCUGAAGAAAAUGGUCAACCUGACGGAGCUUGAGCUUGUUCGCUGCGACCUUGAACGCAUUCCACACUCCAUUUUUAGUUUGCACAACCUGCAGGAGAUUGACCUGAAGGACAACAACCUGAAGACCAUAGAGGAGAUCAUCAGCUUCCAGCACCUGCACCGGCUGGUGUGCCUGAAGCUAUGGUACAACCAGAUCGCCUACAUCCCCAUUCAGAUCGGAACACUUACCAACUUGGAGAGGCUGUAUCUGAACAGAAACAAGAUAGAGAAGAUCCCCAGCCAGCUCUUCUUCUGUCGCAAGCUGCGCUUCUUAGACCUGAGUCACAACAAUCUGACCAACAUCCAUGCUGAUGUAGGCUUCCUCCAGAACCUGCAGUACUUCGCUGUAACAGCAAACAGGAUCGAGACUUUGCCCCCAGAACUGUUCAAGUGCAAGAAGCUGCGUACUCUGAAUCUGGGAAACAACUGCCUGCAGACGCUGCCAUCACGCUUCGGGGAACUCACCGGAUUGACCCAGCUGGAGCUGAGAGGGAACCGUCUCGAGUGUCUCCCGGUGGAGCUCGGUGAGUGUCGGCUGUUGAAGAGGAGCAGUCUGGUGGUGGAGGAGGACCUGUUCAACACGCUGCCGCCAGAAGUCAAAGAGCAGCUCUGGAGGGCCGAUAAGGAGCAAGCUUGAACUAAACCCCAGUGGAAAGUUGCAGAGGAGAGAAGUUUGAUUUAAGAAAUAACAGAGUGGUGAUAUUGUUUGUAUAUGCAAACUAGAAGUUUGCAGCAGUGUCGGCCAUGCAGGCUCCGAAAAAUGGCUUAUUGUAUAAAAAAACUGCAUGAUUCAGCCUUGCCAGUGAGCUAAAUGUGCUCACUAUCAUUUCUUUGCGGAUCAUGGGACACAUGCGCCAAAUGAACGUGCUCAAAGCAGUGUUUGCCUGAACUUCCUCUGGCCUUGAGACUCAAAAAUUUUCGUUUGAAAUUUAUACAGUUACAUUUGCAGUUGCGGCGCCCCGUGUGGCUCAGAAUACUGGCAGAUGUUCAUACAUAAAUUAAAAUGCAACUGACAGCCAAUUUGUUGAGGCAUGAACGUUUGGUCCUGUUGUUUUCUUCAGGCUCUCUGCACCCCCAACAUGCUCGGAGGCAUCUUUUUAUGUGAACAAAAUAACUCUGACGAUCAACGGUCAACAGAUCGUCCCACAACUGAUCUCACAGCUUAGGCCUUAACUCAGAGGACUGAUGAAAGAACAUCAGAGAAAACAACAGGGGACAAACUCUGCAGUGCAAGUCUAAAUACCCUGCAGCUGUUAAUUUGUAACAUUAGUCAGAGUGGCAGGUGAUUUCUAAACUGUGUGGGAGCUGUGGUGUGGAACUCUUGCUUUUCUAAACAACAUGUCUUCAGUAGGCAUGGUGGCACAGACUUUAUUUUAUAUGACUUAACAUCACACACAUUACGGGUGUGUCUUAUGAAAGUUUGUGAGAUUGAUUGUGAUUGGACAAGAAACAAGGUCAAGAAGUUAUUUUGGCUUUGAGCUAUAUAAUGAGGUACUUUUAAAUGCUACCACACAUUGGUAUCAUGUUUGGGCCUGGGACACAGGCUGUGUUGAGAUUGGUUCAACAUUAAAAUUAGACGCGAUCAGUAUCCAGUGAGGGACUGAAUGCCACACAUUCUACACAACCAUUGAUUCGCUGUUUUUGUGUAUGAUUUUAUUUUAAGUUGCUUAUGGAACAUAUACUUGUUGUCAAAGAUCUUAAGUGACCUUUGUUUAGUUGAAGGCUGAUGUACGUGUUGCUUACCUGACUAGAUAGUAAUAACACAAGGUGUCCCCCACCUGACAGGAAGUACAGGGGAACGCACUCAAUUAGAAAACUCCAUCACAGUCGAUUUCUUUGUCUUCGUUAAAUUGAAACUUACGCAAGCUUGCACAAUGCUAAUCAUUCAUCCAGAAUAUGUCGAUGAAAAACAGUACUUUUAAGAGACUUAAGAUGAUUAUUACCUCCAAGAGGAUGAACUCCUGCAGAUGUGAGACAGGAGAGUCUUAACUAGCUGCAAGGUACUGCCAGUCCCUAAAAGAAAAAGUGUUGUUUUUGGUGACUCAAGUGCCCAGCUGUUUGUAUGCUAGCCCCUCUAUUUAUCAUGCUCAGUUUACAUCAGGGUAAACUGGACAUUUUUCUGCGCUUUGUUUAUCCACUGAAGAGCAAACUGAGGACAAACAGGAAAUUAUAGUGAAGGAAACUGGUUCUGACCAACCUACCCGAGGGAAAACAUUUAUUCCAGAGUAUGCAGACUAUGUGAUUUCCACAUUCAUGGUCCAAAUUAGUGCAACAUGCUUUGUCUGCUUGAAACACUUUUCUUAUUAAGACCUUGGAUUUAAUUGCAUCGUUUGGAGUAACCCUGCUAUGUUUACUCCAGCCAGGCAUCUUGUUGCUAAUAUGGCCUUAUCCUUCACAAGCCGCAUGCCCUGUUAAUGAUCACAAACAUCAUGUUCAUGACUUGUUUUGUGUGUGUUCUAAAAUGUAUAGCUGAGAUGUUUUAUAUCAGUCAUAUAUUAUGUGGUCUUACUGUUACCAGCUGUUUAGCUUUGAAUUUAAAUUAUUUUGUUAAAGAGGUUUAAGGGAAGUUUUACUGUAAUAAUACAAUCGCACCUUUGUUCACAGUGAAUUUUGUUCCACUGAGUCCCUGGCUAAAUCUAAAUGCCCUUCUCGGGGUCAUAGGUAAUUUGCUCCACUUCUGAAAGAAGAGCCUCAGUCUUGAUUGUGUUGACUAGCAGCCAGCUUUGAGUUGUAAGCAAAGGUCACAGGUUAAGUAAAAAAAAGGAACAGAUGACAUCAGUGAAACUCAGUAAUUUAAAGGAAAUCUCAGCUUUUCCAGUAUGUAUGAACUUGUUUGACAUGUUUUUAAGUGGCAUUUCUGCUCUUGAUGAAUUAUUGUGGUGCCAAGAAAGAGACAAAACAUGUUUUUCGGUACACUUUACAGGUAGUGACCUGUUGUUGCCAAAUAAUGAGUGCAAAUAAGGACAUUUAGGUACUAGCAUAUGCAGUAUAUACACAUUAUAAAAAUAGAAAUAAUCUAUUGCAGUAGGUGGUUUCAGAUAUAGGGACAAGUUGUGGGAAGACUGGUACGUCAUUCCAAACUAAGAGAUAGUAACAUGGCUCAUUGUGGUGGUGCAGUGCAGUUGUCACUGCUGCUGACACUAAAAAUCUCCUUCCUGCAGUGCACCGCAGAGUGUCAAAUUAGGAUGUUGAAACAAUGCCUGUCAGUUGUAUCAAAUGUCUUUUGGCCUUAACAUGGUGGUUAUCAGAGGUUGAGUAGUCACAGCUAAAUAUUCUUUUUAUGACCCUGAAUUGAUCCUUGGUACAGCGGUUUUAGUCUAUUUAACUCUUGAAGCUUGAGAGUGCCAUAGAAAUCUUUCUCAGGGCAUCACUGGGAUGCUAGUCACAUCUUGGAUUUGCUAAAAUUGCUUUACAUAUAUCCGUCCAUUCGCCAUUUCAGCUCUGUCAUAUUCAAUCUAUGUCAGCAUUGUGACACAUCUGUAGACAGCCAAAUUUUCUGAGUCACAUUUUCCUGCUAAUAUUUGGAUUUAUAUUGACAAAUACCCUUUUUUCCUGACCUCCAGAGCUGUGACUGCAGCCAUACAGUCCUCAACAGUCACUUCCCUCUGAGUCACAAGAUGAGCACAUUAAAACCCGCAGCCAGACUCCCUUUCCUGCUUGUCAGCGUCACUGAAUCGGGUGACGGGUCUUAGCUGAGGUUAGUCAGCCAUUUGCAGAGAACCAAAAGAAGAAGUUUUAGUCAAAAUAUCCCUUGGUUACUUGAAAACUCUUACGCAGGCACUUUAGUGUCAUGUCAGAGAUGGCCCAUUCUCAUGUAAACACUUACAAAAAAAUCAAUUAGCUCUUUUUUUUUUAAAUUGUGUGCUAAAAUGUGCCCAAAGUUUUGUUUUGAUCUUUUGUGUUGCCUCUCCUGAAUUUCUUCAAAGUACGAAAUGCUCUGUAUUUAUGUUAUGAUGCCUUAAGUAGUGUAGUUUGUGUGAAACAGCGUGAUUUAUCAGUUAAUUCUGACAGGAUUAACUCAUUUGGAUCAAGAGGGGGUUUUACAGCAGACAGUGACAUGCUGAUUUCUGUGGGCACAGCUCAUUUCCCAAAAAAGGACAGGAUUUCACAACUCAGCAGAAGCAAGUCAUGACAAUCUAACAUACUGUAAAUGGAGAUGAUCUCUCCCUCCAGUGUGGUGCCCACACACUGUUAAUAUCUGUAAUAUUUCUGAAGUGUGUACAUUUUUGGACGGUUGUAACCAUUUCACUUGAACUCAGAAAUCGCAUUAUUCAAAAAAACUGCCAUGAUUGCAUUGACAUCUAAUCACUACCUGUGUAUAAAACCUUUUUUGAAUACAUGAUUGUAUUUACUAUGUAUGAUUCACUCAUCUCUGUAUUCUGAUGCCUGUAGAUCAGGGAUAUGAAAACAGUUCCUUUUAUUCGGGGUUCACAUCUAUUUCAUCUUGCAGCAUGAGUUUGCAGAUGCUGAACUUGUGUGCAUUAUAGCCAUACUGAAAGCCACACCACUUAACCCCUAGCAGCAAUCACUGUUGAGCAUUAACUUUAAGCUGGAUGGACAGACUUGUUUUAAUCAGCACCGUCUGUAUCACGUGACAAGGCCUUUAUUAUCUAAUUGUUGCCAAGUGGACUGAACACUGGCUUUUUAAGCAGGAUGUCUGUAACAAUGGACAACUGAACUGUAUUUCCUGAUGUUCAGACCCUACGUUUUGUACCAUUCUGACACAUGAUAAUGAAAUAAACACUUAACACCAAA